AAUAGAGAACGUGGAUUCUUACGUCUGAACGGUCCUGAAGUGCCAGCCGCCACCCGUGACAAGUGACCAAGUGACGUCAACAUACACAGUGAGGGCGCGGAGGGAGGGAAUAUAGGGUCGUCAUCCGCCGUCACCUGGUCGUCACCAUUGUCGCGAUUUGAAAUUUAAUCAGAGUGAUGUUAACGAACUUGCCAUGAUCGCUGGUGACAGCUCUUAUUUGCACAAGAAAAUAGCUGUCCCCGAAAUACAUAAUUUUGCUACGUAAAUCUUGUCUGUGUGUUUUGCUUUUGUGGGGAGUGUUCCUAGUGGCAUUUGCGUAUUAUUAGUUAUUUUUUCAAACCAGUGUACCGUACACAUUUUCAACUAUGAGUCAUUUUCAUAUUAUGUGGUCGGAAGAACGUCUUCGGGGAGAAAACAACGAAGUAAAAUGACGAAACUGUAUCUCCUCCCUCGAGCAAACGAAAAUAUUUUGCUGUUGAAUUUUUAAUAUCGGUUCUCCUCCAUUUCAUUAAUUUCCUCAAUUUUUUUGUAAAAAUGGCAACAGAAGGCGAACAACAAGGGGAGAAGAGGAAGCCAUCUCCAGUUUUGUCUAUGUACCAGAUGUUAAAAGACCUGUGUCAAAACAAUGCUGAACAUUUUCGUGGAGAUGACACAGAAAACGGUCAAAGACUUCAUGCAGGAUUCCUGGCUAUAAUUGAUCAUGUGAAUACAGUGACACCUUUGGUAGAAGAGAUUAGGUCCAUAGCUCCUUAUUUUGAUUUUGAUGAGACGACUCCUGGAAAUGGUUACCGAAGCUUUGUUGUUGUCGUUGACAAGUGUAUACAGCAUGGUAUCAAAUUGUGCCGACAAGUAAUUGAUGGGAGAGAUUCUUUCCUUUUCCGCAAAGGUACUUACAUGAGAGAGGUGGAAGCAUGCAGUCAUGUCCUGGCGUCCUUGGGCACCUGCAUGCUACAUCUGAAGACGCUGCUGGCAUGGAGCCGCAUGGGGGAGUUGUUUCCGUCUGGAGAGCAUUCGUCGGAGGAACUACUGAAACAGGCAGAGAGCAUCAACAUGUACUGCUUUUAUGGUCGUUGCCUGGGCUUUCAGUUCUGUGAAUCAAUGCAGACCGUAUUAAAAACUAUAUCCAUCUGCAUGGCAUCCUUCAGUGAAAUUUAUUAUGGUAAUGGAGGAAUAUUCUCAAAGGCAACUAAUUCAGUUUGGACUGGUGGCAAGUAUCUUUUAGACCCAGAACUUAGAGCCAGAAGAAUAGUUAACAUAUCUCAGCAUGCUCAAGUUGAUUUCUGCAAGUCAUUUUGGCUCUUGGCUGAGUCUGAGCUGAUGAGCCGUCUGCCAGGAAUGAUCUGCCCAGCUGUCGCAGUCAACAUUGUGAUCCAGAUCCCUCCGGAACCCCUCGAAAUGGCAACGUUGGUUGGUGGGCGGAUCCAGGUGCCCAUCCCUUCAGCCCAUAUUGGACUGGGACCAGUGCCGGUACGCCUCCUGUGUGCUACCCGCCGGGAAGGAAUG